UCUUCACUUGUACUGUACACGAGGACGAGCCGCAUCCAAAUCCAAAUCGAAAAGACCACCCGCUCCUCGCCCUCCCCCUCCCGGAAGCGGCGGCGGCGCCUGAACGCCGGCGACCUCCCAAUCCAUAUCUCGUCACCAGUUCUGGGCCCGUGAGAAGCUAGAUAGGUUUAGGGUUUCGCGGGCGCCUCUCCGAUGGCGGCAGAUGCCGGUAGGCGGGUGGAGGUAGCCAACCUCCUUUCCCUCGGCGACGACCUCAUCGGGGUGCUCCUCGACAGAAAGGACGGCGAGUCCCUCGCGCAGGCCGGCGAAGGGGCGUUGAUGCUGCGCUCUGCCUGCCGCUCCGAUUCCGGCGACCUCGAGCUCCAAGUGAAAGAGUAUCAGGAGAAGAUAAACUCUUGCAAGGAAAAGAUAGCCAAAGCGAAAUCUGAAACAGUUACUGAUGAAGAACUGAACGCACUGCAAAAUGAGAUGGAAGAGAAGCUCCAGAGCGAGCAACAACUUCGGCAAGAAUUAAGGGCACUAAGUGGUGAGCUUGAUAACCUAGACCUUCAAAGGGCUUCAAUAGAAGAAAGGAAGGAUGCCGUCAAAAAGAAGGAGAAAGACUUGCUCAAGGCGCAAAGUACGCUUUCCAUGUGUGUGUCAGUUACGAAUAUAAUGCCAAAUUUUGAAGACUGGGAUAAGAUUUCUGGAUACAUUGUUGACAAGAACAAGAAGAAGCUAGAUCAGUUCGAGUUUGAGAAGACAAUGCCACCAGUUGAGAUCUGUGACAAGCUUUGGAAAGUGGUUUAGGGCCUGCUACCUGCAGAUCGUAGCCACUGUACACUAGCAGCAAUUGCAUUUGUACACCGUUGUGCAAGGUAACCGCCUGCCAAGAUGGGAAGAAUGUGACUCGCCCAGUUGCUUCAGAUGACUUAGUUGUGUGGCAUCCUGUUCUUCAUAUCUUGCUGUCGAUCUGGAUUGGAUUUGAUGCACUUGUAUUUCACUGACUUCGGUUUUGAGAAGCUAAAUCUCCCUAACAUUAGAACUUGCUGCUCCGUGCUGUGCAUCUUAGGGCCCAUGUGCGAUGUGUAAGUUGUUAUGUUUGCCCUUGUAUAUCUGUUGGAUGGUUUUAACAUUCUCUUGACAUUGCUCAUCCACGUGUUUGUAGAAUGAUGUUAAACUUGUG